CCCCACUGCCUCCUUCCAUGUCCGAUUCCCCUCUUCUUUACUCACUCACCUGAAGCUUUCGACUUCCUUCUUCUUCUUGUACUACUUCAUCUUCCAGUUCAAAGGUACAGAGCACAUAUGCGACUGUUUUCAUUUUUCUAAGCGAACCCAUCAUCAUUAAUUUAUGAAUCAAUGUAUUUUUAACAGAUAUGUCAGGCUCAAAGAUAGUGCGAAGAGGGAUUCAUUAUUCAAAGCUAAAAGCUGCGAAUAUACCUUCUGAUUUGAUAGAACAUGGCCAAAAUCGUGUUAUUGAUGCUUCUCUUACUCUUAUUGGAGAGAGGGCAAAGCUCAAGGGACAACUUGUGCGUGCUUUGGGUGGCGCUUUAGCAUCAACAACACUGCUUGGAGUUCCCUUAGGACAUAAUUCAUCCUUUCUUCAAGGACCCGCUUUUGCACCUCCUCGUAUUCGGGAGGCUAUCUGGUGUGGCAGCACUAAUUCUACCACUGAAGAAGGUAAGGAACUAAAUGAUCCACGGGUGCUAACUGAUGUUGGUGAUGUCCCUGUUCAAGAAAUCCGUGAUUGUGGUGUAGAAGAUGAUCGAUUGAUGAAGGUCAUAAGUGAAUCUGUCAAGCUAAUAAUGGAGGAGGAUCCAUUACGCCCAUUAGUUUUAGGUGGAGAUCAUUCAAUAUCUUUUCCUGUUGUAAGAGCAGUCUCUGAGAAGCUUGGUGGAUCUGUUGAUAUACUUCAUCUAGAUGCUCAUCCUGAUAUUUAUGAUGCUUUUGAAGGAAAUAAGUAUUCACAUGCAUCUUCAUUUGCUCGAAUUAUGGAGGGUGGUUAUGCUAGGAGGCUUUUGCAGGUUGGUAUUAGAUCGAUAAAUACCGAAGGGCGCGAACAAGGAAAAAGGUUCGGAGUGGAGCAAUAUGAAAUGCGGACAUUUUCAAGAGACCGUCAUUUCUUGGAAAACCUGAAACUAGGGGAAGGAGUAAAAGGUGUUUACAUUUCAGUGGACGUGGACUGUCUUGAUCCUGCAUAUGCUCCGGGAGUAUCUCACAUCGAACCGGGAGGCCUUUCGUUCCGCGAUGUUCUCAACAUUCUACACAAUCUUGAAGGAAAUCUGGUUGCUGCCGAUGUCGUGGAGUUUAAUCCACAGCGAGACACGGUCGACGGGAUGACUGCAAUGGUUGCUGCUAAGCUUGUAAGAGAACUGACAGCUAAGAUGUCAAAACUUUCGUCUUAAAUUCUGGUAAGCAGGCCCUGAAAAGGAAUAAGAGAAGGCCAUAUUUGCUCUAAGUUCAACCUAUGUUUUAUUUUCUGGUAGCUUUUAGCUUUAAAAUUAUGACAAUAACUGCAAUCUUAUAGCUGAGUAAGAUUUAUACUGUUCCCACUCUAUUUUGUCUUGGA